CUAUUUCAUUCUUUUCAUUUUGCAUCAGCCAGCCAUCAGCUGCUACGAAGUUACUCCUAUUUCUCGAGCUUAUCCUGUUUUAAAAUGGCUGAUAAUAAGUUAUAUGAAAUAUUAGGCGUCUCAAGAAAUGCAAGCGAAUCUGAAAUAAAACGAAACUAUCACAAACUUGCAAAAGAGUAUCAUCCUGAUAAAAAUCCCACAGCUGGGGACAGAUUUAAAGAAAUAAGCUAUGCUUACGAAGUUUUGUCUGAUCCAAAGAAACGACAAACCUAUGAUAAGUUCGGAUUAAAAGGAUUGCAAGAGGGUGGCCACGGUGGAGGUUUUGCAUCUGAUGAUUUCUUAGGUCACAUUUUUGGUAACAUAUUUGGUAUGGACGGUGGCAGAGGAAGGGGUCGGGCACGCGGUGAAGAUACUAUACAUCCACUGAAGGUGUCUUUAGAAGAUAUGUACGUUGGCAAAACGGCAAAGUUACAGUUAAGUAAAAAUGUUAUCUGUGGCCCCUGCAAAGGUUUAGGUGGUAAGCCAGGAUCGGUUGUAUCUUGUCGUGACUGUCAUGGACAGGGUAUUAAAGUUUCUUAUCAACAGAUAGGCCAUAAUAUGACUCGUCAAUUUCAAACACGUUGUCCAACUUGCCAAGGACAAGGUGAAACUAUAAAUGACAAAGACAAGUGCUCUAAAUGUAAGGGUAAAAAGGUGUUGAAUGAAAUUAAAAUCUUAGAAGUGCAUGUUGAAAAAGGAAUGCGCGAGAACCAAAAGAUUUACUUCAGAGGUGAAGGAGAUCAACAACCUGACACUCAACCUGGUGAUGUUAUUAUAGUGUUGCAACAGAAACCCCAUGACUUAUUUAAAAGAACAGGUGAUGACUUGUUGAUGGAACGAGAAAUCAGCUUGACUGAAGCUUUGUGUGGCUUUGAAUUUGUCGUAAAACAUUUAGAUGGCCGAGACCUACUUGUGAGACAUUUACCUGGAGAGGUUAUUAAACCUGGUGAUUUGAAAGGAAUACAAGGUGAGGGUAUGCCACAACAUAAAAACCCGUUUGAGAAGGGAAACUUGUACAUUAAGUUUGAUGUAACUUUUCCCCAAAAUCAUUUUGCAACUGAAGAGCAGCUUAAGAAAAUCGAAAGUAUAUUGCCUCCUAGACCAGCUUUUGUCAUGCCAACUGGGGAAGAUGUUGAAGAGGUUAACAUGAUGGAGUACACCGCUAGUGAGAGAAGUCAUGGUCGUGAAGAAGCAUAUGCUAGUGAUGAUGAAGAAAAUAUGCAUGCAGGGCCUGGAGUUCAAUGUGCUCACCAGUAGUUUAAUUAAUAGAUAAAACCCUAGGUCAUAGAUUUGUACUCAGACCUCACAUUAUGUUAUUCUAUCUAUAAUAACGUUUAGGUAGUUAAUAUGAAUUAGGUAGUUUUACAAAAACUUGAUUUGUACAUUUUCAGAAAGCUAAAAAUUGAUUUUCUUCGAUAAUUUACAAGCUCCAAGGAUUUAGCAAAAAUUUUAUGUAGAAUUUCAUGUUGUUGCAAUAAACCGCCUUAUUUAUGUAUUAUAUUAUAGAAAGUAAAUGAUAUUUUUUUUACAUGAAUGUUGAGGAUGUGGUAAAAUAAUUAGCGUUGUUUUCUUUCAUGUGAUUCAUUCCAUACCACAGGUGCAUGUGUCUGCAUUGGUUAAUAUUAUCAUUUUAAAAUAAAUUGUUUUAUUUGCUAUACAAGAAAUUUUAUUGUAAUAAACACACUAAAAAUUUUAAAGUUGAAACACAUUAAUGAUACACAAAAUUGUACAAUGUUCUACAAAAGGUAAUUGAUCUAAUCUUUAUUCAUUUUUACAUAGUUAAUUAUUACAGUCUACAUUAUACAAAAGUUAAUUAAACAAAUUAUUGUUUGCCACUUUAUACCACUUCAUAGAAAUAGCUAGGACAAACUUGUUAGUUAUAUUUUUAGUGCUUCUUGUAAUGAAUAUCUUUAAAAGUAUUAACAUGUAGAAAAUCUCUUAUACAACAUGCUAUACAGUACACAAAUUCAACUCAUUCUAAUAUUAUUCCAUUACAUUUGUAUAUUUCUUACAUUGUACAUAUGUAUGAUAGUUAGUGUAAUAUAAUUUGAAUGGAAUCUAUAAUUAAAUAAUUUAUGCAAUUCUUUUAAAAGCAAAGUCAUCCGAACCAUAAUAAUAUCUUAAACAUAGACAAAACAGUAGCUUUUAAAAUUCUGAUAAAAUUAAUAAUAAAAUAACAAUAUAGUUUUAAAGGAAGUGUGAAAUCAUUAUUUCAGUUGUUUUAUUUCUCUUCAAUUCUUGUUCUUUUUUUAAUGACAGGUGGCUACUUCAUAUCUAAAAACAAAGUACCACACCUUGUCGUCUGUCUGCCUGUUUGCAAUAAAUACUAGAGUACUGAACCGAUUUUGAAGCGAUUUUCACCAUUAGAUGGAUUUAUUAAUGAGGUUUAGGUUAUGUAAUUUAUUUAGGAAUUCUAAAAAUCGCUUAAAGUAUGAAGAUAAUUUUUAAAAAAUGGACAGGAGCCUUCUGGGAUCUUUCUAACCUACCUUAAAAUGCUGCUAAAGCUAAGGUAAAAAAACAAUUUAUGGUGUAACUAUUCUUCUAGUAUAGGUCUAAAAAUACGGCAUAAUAAAAUAUUUUUUCCUAGCUCAAAUCCACAACUUUAAUGAAAUGGCUGAAUAUUUAAAUUUAUUAUGGUUUUAGAAUGUUUGUUGCUUCUUGCCGCUUUAUCCAUAUAAUUUUUGAUAUGUACCUACUGUUGUAAUUUCGGAAGAAAAAGCUUGUUAAUUAUGAAACUUCCGGUCCUUACAUUUUUUCAUCACGAUCGAUUUAUUAUUUUUGCCUAAGAGUAACAAAUAUCGAAGAAUCGAGAUAAGUAGGAACUCAUAUUUUGUUUAGUAAAUAAAAUCUGAGAAUAAGAUUUAAGAAAAACUACCUACUUUUAUAGAGUUCGCAUUUGUAACAUUAGGUAGUUAGAUAAUACUUACUUGUAAGAAAAAGACUUAAUUUCUCAAUAUAAUUACUAAUAAGCCAGAGUAAUGCUAGUGUUACAGUAACAGUGUCUAAUUAGAGUAACACUGUUACUCUAAUUAUUCAUAUUGAGAAAAAAAAUAAGUUUGUAAAAUAAAAUUUAUUAAUACAUAAAAGUUAAAAAGAUGGAAAGGAUGUUAGAGAAACACAUAAAAAUAUCCCAAUAUAAAUAUAGAAGAUUUCGAAAAGUUUUUACAGACUGCUUUAAAAAGUAUUGAUAUAAUAUAUCAGCUUAAAAAUUAAUGAUAAUUUCAAUUAGCUACAGUUACCAUAUUACUAUUUGUUAUUAUUUUAUACUCUUUGGUUUGUGACUUUUUGCCCGUAUAUAAAUCGAAGUAUUUAUAAUGUACUUAUCUAUUUAUGUAUGUAUGAAUGUAUAUUUGUAUGUAUGUAUGCAUAUGUGCAUGUAAUUGUGUAAGUAGUUAUGUAUUUUAUAUCACUAAUUUUGAAUAUAUGUAUUGCAAAAUAA